UUUGGUCAGGUGACCCCUAAGUCACAUGACGCGUUGCGAGAAAUUGCGACGUCUGCACUGCACUUUCCCCAACAGUGUGUACCCGUGUAGCAUGAAUUUAGUCCGAUUUUCCAUAUCACACCGGAGUUAAAAUUCACCAACUUCCACGAAAAUGGCAGGGUCAGGGACAGGGCUCGUGAGGAGGAUCAUCAAUACCCCUAAAGCUCCAAAGGCGGUCGGCCUUUUCAACCAGGCUAUUGCUGUUGGUAACACACUCUACCUGUCUGGUCAGAUUGGCAUUGACCCCGCGACUUCCAAAUUAGUGGAUGGCAUAUCAGCUCAGACCACUCAGGCAUUGAAGAACAUUGGUGCUGUUUUGGAAUCGCAGAACAUUACCUAUGAUAAUGUUGUGAAGACAACAGUGCUGCUGGCCAAUAUUGCAGACUAUGGUGUCGUCAAUGAAAUAUAUCAGAAGUUUUUCACUUCCAACCGUCCAGCCAGAGCUGCAUAUCAAGCUGGUGCACUUCCACUUGGAGCCCUGGUGGAAAUUGAGUGUAUUGCUAUUCUGGGGGAACUCGUCAAUCAACAUUCAUCAAAAUUGUAAUUCUUGGGUUACUUUCCAACUCAGUUUCAUCUCUGAUUUUCGCCUGUCCCACUUUUAGAGGAGAUUACACUAAAUUCGACAUGUUGUUGGUCUCUUAUUCAUUAGCAGAACAUUCUCUUUUACAGGGCCGUGUCUCCGGUCAGGAACCUAAAAUCAUUACACUGGAGCCUGAAGCUCAACUCAGAGAUUAAAGAUAUAGUCCAUCAUUUGUAAUUUGUGCAUUUUGUUCGUUUGAAGCAACAAAAGUGCUCAAAUUCUAAAGAAGGGUG